AUGUCAACGACCGUUAAACCUUCUACGUUUCUUCCUGGCGGUAUUACUAGUCUGAAUAAUAAAGAUCUUGCAUUAGCUCCACCAUAUAUCUUCGUAAUUAUUCUAUGCUGUCUUAUAUUAAUUAUCAUUAUAUUGAUUCUUAUUCGAGAAUGUCUAAAAAAUCGUGGUGUGUUAAAAAAUUGUUGUGAGCAAAGAGGAAGUGGUAUUCAAUGUUUGGGUUGUCAAGAAUGUUGUGUAGCAUGUGCUGAAACAUGUGAUUGUUGUCAUACAACAUCUAUUGAAUCAUGUUUAGAUGCAUGUUGUCCAAAACGAGGAUCAAUUGAAUUUGCUGAUCUUAUUACAUGUGAAGCAUGCUGUUAUGGCGAAGGUUGUGCUUGUUGUGGUACUGUUUGUGUUUGCGCACCUAAAGAUACUGAAACGGUCAAUUGUUUAUGUUGUGGUUGUAAACAACAAUAUCCUCAACAAUAUCCUCAACCACUUAUCAACGACAGAUAA